CAAAUCUUUUUUAGUUCUGUAACCUAUCAGUAUUUGCAUGUGUAUAUACAUAUGUAUGUAUAUGACGGGAACUUCCGCAAUUCUAUACACAAGCAAAGUGCUAUUAAGCCACCGCACAGAAAUUAGCUCAAUUAUGUCUUACGCUUCCACGUUGAAAAGGAAUAGCCGCAGCAUAAAAUAUUCUUAAAGAAAACAUAUCUAAAAUAGUUUUGGAAUAAGUACUUAUGUAGCUGUAACUGCUUCAAUCAAAUUUCCAUAGUGCGGCAAAACGGCGUAUGUAGAGCAGUGCUUGUUAGCCAAACAAUUAGUUUUUGUUAAUUGCUUUCAAGUUUAUAAGUUGAACCACCAAAAACCGUUUCCAAGCAUAGCCGUCGUAUUCAUGUUGUGUGUGUUUACCACAGGGAUAAAAGGAGGCACCCUGAAAUUUUUCGGCAGGAUGUCAUCAUCGGAAACUCUUGCUAAAGGACCACGCCCUCUAGUCAUAUGCGGCCCAUCUGGUUCCGGAAAGACCACAUUGCUGAAGAAACUCUUCGAAGAUUUUCCCCACACAUUCGGCUUUAGUAUAUCGCAUACUACACGCGCGCCACGUGCAGGCGAAGGCCACGGUGUACACUAUUAUUUUGUUGACAAUAAAAAAAUGCAGGAGAAAAUAGAUAACGAUGAGUUUAUUGAAACUGCUGUUUUUAGUGGAAAUACAUAUGGCACUACUAAAGCGGCAGUUCUAGACAUACAGAGAUCCGGUAAAGUCUGCGUUCUGGAUAUUGAGCCGCAAGGUGUUGAACAAAUAAAAAAAACUGAUUUGAAUCCUAUAUUAAUCUUUAAUAAUCCACCAUCACUAAAAGAUCUGGAUCUGCGCUUGCGUAAACGUCAAACGGAAACUGAAGAGUCCUUGCAAAAACGACUAACGGCAGCUGAAAAGGAAAUGGCAUACGGCUUAACUCCUGGGAAUUUCCACAGGAUCAUACAUAAUAUCGACAUUGACGAGUCAUAUGCAGAGUUGAAAGAAUUUGUUGUAAACGAGUUGAAGAAACAAGAGGCCGAAGGCAUUGCAAUACGCUGGGAAUAAGCCUAGGGGAAAAUCCAAUUUGAAGUUGUGUUAAAUGUACACAUAAUCUAUGUAAAAAGGCAUUUGCUUUUAAAAGUAGUAAUGUUAUGAAAGAAUUAUAUAAAAACUAACUUAAUGGUAAAGUUAAAAUUUUUGACGACGUUAUGUUUAACGAAAGUAGUAGUUGAUUGAUUAUUUUAUGUUAAAAAUAUAUUUAAAUUGUAUAAUUACAA